AUGAAAGAGCAGCCACAGCAUCGGUUCCUUUCUUUGUGCUUCGAUGCCACCGCCACCAAGGUCAGGCUAGGCUAUGCCUUCUCAGCUCACGAAUCACGAAUCCGCCGGCAAUUCUGGACGGUUGGGUUGGAAACUACAUGUGGUCUAUUCAUCUCUGACGAAGUUGGAUCUUUUCACUGUCGUCUCAUUGGCCCCCAACUUGACUAUCACUCUUCCCCCAAAACUUUCCACCCUACACAUCUUUUCCUGUAUUCGAAGUUCCACGGUUCACAGCCCCGGCUGUUUACGAAGCUUCGGAACCAGCAGGCUUCAACUCAGCUUUCGAAAUCGCACCAAUUCACAUCCCCGAACGCCAAACCUCAACCCAUCGACUGCGACAGAUUUCAUCUCAAAGUCAAGGAGAUUCGAUGUACCAAGGUGGUCACAUCUUCGUUCUUCCACGAGCCCAGCUCACGGGCCUCAAAACGACAAUUCAAAACUCCCUGCACUCCAAACCCUGCCGUUCGUGCCCCCAACUCUCGCCCCGUCGCCAUCAUCUCCAGCAAGCUGGUCAAAACGGCUGGUUCAAGAACUGGCAUGUGUCGAGUCGCCCAGUCCGUUGAUUUGAAGCCCUCCCCUCUAGCAUCUCGGUUCGCUCCCCCCCAAAAAGGGCAACAUGAAGAACACGUUGAAGCUUUAGAAUCCAAUGAAAUAUAUCUAAAGAGAGAGAGAGCCCUGACCCUGAUCCUGACCCUCCCCCUCCCUCAGCUCUGCAAUUGCCCCCAAAAACAAAAAGAGAGGAGAGAGAAAGGGAGAGAGGAAGAAAGAGCGCGGGUCUGA